AAAGUGUCACUUCCAACCUGCAUGGUCUCAAACAGAGAACGGAGAAGAGCAACGGUCGGUAGUCGAGAUCGGCCGCUUCGCAGAAGAACCACACUAGAACCUGAACAGAAAAAAACUACUCAAAACCUGUCAGACCAUCGGAGAAGUGAACUCCAACAAACCUGAGAGAAAACGGAGCCUUUGUUUUCAGAAGCAGCAGGGAGCCGAACCGGAGGAAAGAUGAUGAGUUUUCUGCCAUACUUCUCCGCUGAGACCUGGACCCUCCUGGCCCUCCUCAUCACCCUCAUUGUAGUGGUCAAUGCAGCUGCAUCAGAUUCACAUCAGCUAUUUAACCCUUUCUGCUACGCUGAGUCUCCUCCUACACAUCUGAACAGACAAUACAACCCUGUGUGUUUCUCCUCUGUGAAGGAUCUAUGAUGGGAGGCAGUCUGUACCAUGUAGGAUCUAUGAUGGGAGGCAGCCUGUUCUGUGUACCAUGGACAAAAGCAUAAUCAAGACCGUCCUGAUUAAAGAGUGUUACAACAUCUUCAUCAACCGCAGGGACUUCCAUCUGAACGGUGAGAUGUUUGAUGCGUUGUCCGUUGCCGAGGACGAUACAUGGAGACGGAUCCGCAGUGUCCUCUCACCUUCCUUUACCUCUGGACGACUAAAAGAGAUGUUUGGUAUCAUGAAGCAGCACUCUGCUAACCUGCUGAACGGAAUGAAGAAGCAGGCAGAUAAAGACCAGACCAUCGAAGUGAAGGAGUUCUUUGGGCCAUACAGUAUGGACGUGGUCACCAGCACAGCCUUCAGUGUGGACAUUGACUCUCUGAACAACCCUUCAGACCCCUUCGUCUCCAACGUCAAGAAAAUGACCAAGUUUGACCUUUUAAACCCACUGUUCCUCCUAGUCUGUUUGUUUCCCUUCACUGGUCCUAUCUUGGAGAAGAUGAAGUUUUCUAUCUUCCCGACUGCGGUGACAGGCUUCUUUUACGCUUCGCUGAUUAAGAUCAAAUCUGGACGUGACACUGGGAACUCAACUAGUCGGGUGGAUUUCUUACAGCUGAUGAUCGACUCUCAGAAAGGCAGCGACACAAAGACAGGAGGGGAACAGACUAAAGGACUGACUGAUCAUGAGAUCUUGUCUCAGGCCAUGAUCUUCAUCUUCGCCGGCUACGAGACCAGCAGCAGUACUAUGAGUUUCCUGGCCUAUAACCUGGCAACCAAUCCCCACGUCAUGACCAAACUGCAGGAGGAGAUAGAUACUGUGUUCCCCAACAAGGCUCCAAUCCAGUACGAAGCUCUGAUGCAGAUGGACUAUUUGGACUGUGUGUUGAACGAGUCUCUGAGACUGUACCCCAUCUCACCGCGACUGGAGAGGGUCGCCAAGAAGACGGUGGAGAUUAACGGCAUCAUCAUCCCCAAAGACUGCGUUGUCCUGGUUCCCACGUGGACCCUCCACCGUGACCCAGAGAUCUGGUCCGACCCUGAGGAGUUCAAACCAGAGAGGUUCAGUAAGGAGAACAAGGAGUCUAUUGAUCCGUACACGUACAUGCCAUUUGGGGCGGGGCCCAGGAACUGUAUCGGGAUGCGCUUCGCCCUGAUCAUGAUCAAACUGUCCAUGGUCGAGAUCCUCCAGAGUUUCACUUUCUCCGUCUGCGACGAGACCGAGAUCCCGUUGGAGCUGGACAAGCAGAUUCUGCUGAUUCCAAAACGACCAAUCAAAUUGAGGCUGGAGCCCCGUAGCAACACCUCUAGCAACACCACCACCCUGAACAGUCCAACGACAUGAACCAAAUGGUCACCAAAUGUGGACAUGAUCCCGUUGGAGCUGGACAAGCAGAUUCUGCUGAUUCCAAAACGACCAAUCAAAUUGAGGCUGGAGCCCCGUAGCAACACCUCUAGCAACACCACCACCCUGAACAGUCCAACGACAUGAACCAAAUGCAGGAGUACCCUACCCUGGAGUAGCCUACCCUAACUACAGCACCCUACCUUAUCCUAGAGCACCCUACCCUGGAGUACUAUCGAUCGAUCACACCAUCUACCUAUAACUCUUUCUACUAGACCCUACCCUAGAACACAAACAGCACCCUACCCUACCCUAAAGUACCCUACCCUGAACACAAACAGCACCCUACCCUAAAGUACCCUACCCUAGAACACAAACAGCACCCUACCCUACCCUAAAGUACCCUACCUUAGAACACAAACAGCACCCUACCCUACCCUAAAAUACCCUACCCUAGAACACAAACAGCACCCUACCCUAAAGUACCCUACCCUAGAACACAAACAGCACCCUACCCUAAACUACCCUACCCUAGAACACAAACAGCUUCCUACCCUACCCUAAAGUACCCUACCCUAGAAAACAAACAGCUUCCUACCCUACCCUAAAGUACCCUACCAUAGAACACAAACAGCACCCUACCCUACCCUAAAGUACCCUACCCUAGAACACAAACAGCACCCUACCCUAAAGUACCCUACCCUAGAACACAAACAGCACCCUACCCUACCCUAAAGUACCCUACCCUAGAACACAAACAGCACCCUACCCUACCCUAAAGCACCCUACCAUAGAACACAAACAGCACCCUACCCUACCCUAAAGCACCCUACCAUAGAACACAAACACCACCCUACCCUACCCUAAAGUACCCUACCCUAGAACACAAACAGCACCCUACCCUACCCUAAAGUACCCUACCCUAGAACACAAACAGCACCCUACCCUAAAGUACCCUACCCUAGAACACAAACCGCACCCGACCCUACCCUAAAGUACCCUACCAUAGAACACAAACAGCACCCUACCCUACCCUAAAGUACCCUACCCUAGAAUACAAACAGCACCCGACCCUACCCUAAAGCACCCUACCCUAGAACACAAACAGCACCCUACCCUACCCUAAAGCACCCUACCCUAGAACACAAACAGCUUCCUACCCUACCCUAAAGUACCCUACCCUAGAAAACAAACAGCACCCUACCCUACCCUAAAGUACCCUACCAUAGAACACAAACAGCACCCUACCCUACCCUAAAGUACCCUACCCUAGAACACAAACAGCACCCUACCCUAAAGUACCCUACCCUAGAACACAAACAGCACCCUACCCUACCCUAAAGUACCCUACCCUAGAACACAAACAGCACCCUACCCUACCCUAAAGCACCCUACCAUAGAACACAAACAGCACCCUACCCUACCCUAAAGCACCCUACCAUAGAACACAAACACCACCCUACCCUACCCUAAAGUACCCUACCCUAGAACACAAACAGCACCCUACCCUACCCUAAAGUACCCUACCCUAGAACACAAACAGCACCCUACCCUAAAGUACCCUACCCUAGAACACAAACCGCACCCGACCCUACCCUAAAGCACCCUACCCUAGAACACAAACAGCACCCUACCCUACCCUAAAGUACCCUACCCUACCCUAAAGUACCCUACCUACCCUAAAGUACCCUACCCUACCCUAGAGUACCCUACCCUAGAGUAGCCUACCUUAACUACAGCACCCUACCCUAUCCUAGAGCACCCUACCCUGGAGGACCCUACCCUAGAACCCCCUACCUAGAAUACCCUACCCUACCCUAGACACCCUACCCUACCCUAAAGUACCCUACCAUAGAUCCCCCUACCCUGGAGGAACCUGCCCUCCCCUAGAGCACCAAACCCUAGAACACCCUACCCUAAACUAGAGUACCCUACCCUAGAACACCCUACCCUAGAGUACCCUACCCUAGAACACCCUACGCCACCUUGGAGAACCCUAACCCACCCUGGAGCACCCUACCCAAGAACACCCUACCCUAGAGUACCCUACCCUAGAGUACCCUACCCUAUCUAUCUAUCAUAUAUCUAUCAUAUAUCUAUCUAUCUAUCUAUCUAUCUAUCUAUCUAUCUAUCUAUCUAUCUAUCUAUCUAUCUAUCUAUCUAUCUAUCUAUCUAUCUAUCUAUCUAUCUAUCUAUCUAUCACUAUAUCACUAUAUCUAUCUAUUGGCAACUGAAUAUUCAGUCCUUACCCUAACCCUGCUAAAGGCUACUGAAUAUUAUUCAGUCCUGACCCUGCUAUAGACUACUGAAUAUUCAGUCCUAACCCUGCUAUAGACUACUGAAUAUUCAGUCCUGACCCUGCUAUAGGCUACUGAAUAUUCAGUCCUGACCCUGCUAUAGGCUACUGAAUAUUCAGUCCUGACCCUGCUAUAGGCUACUGAAUAUUCAGUCCUGACCCUGCUAUAGACUACUGUUUAUUCAGUCCUUACCCUAACCCUGCUAUAGGCUACUGAAUAUUCAGUCCUGCCCCUGCAGCUGAUUAUAGUUACUACUUAAUAUAAUAUGAUAAUAAGACUGCGUUCACAAUGACUGUAUGAUAUGUCAGUUCAAUCAGAAAUUACAUUUAAAAUGGCACAUAGCUGACAAAGCGCUGGGAUUGAAUCCUGGUCUCAGUCUCAUGCUUGGUUUGAGUAGGACUCAGAAACCCAUUUCCACCAGAUAAAAGAGAGAUAGUAAUACUAUGGAUGCCUUAGAGGUACAUGUCUUGUUAAAGUUAGACACCAGGGGGUAGUAAUCCAUGGCAUGAUGUCAUGUCUGGAACAUGCACACUACUGGCUGGUGGCUGGAAUUCUCCUAGAAUGUAGAACUCUAGCUGGUGUUCUCUAGAACUGUACUCUCAUUCUGUUCCUCUGGGUGUUCUGCUGUCCAGUCAUUCCAAAAUAGAAUCUUUACUGUCUGUUGAGAUGAUCCCUGCAGCUGUUUGGUUUUAACUUUAAUCAUCACAAACCAAUAAAAUCAUCACACUAAUGAA